ACAGUUAUCUUUCUUGAGAGAAAAACACUUGCAUAAGAUUUGGGUAGACAUUAAACCCUAUUGUUGACUGACUGCUUACCAAAGGUCAUAUUUGAACUUUCCAAACGCAUCUAUUGACGUCCUAGGUGACUGCAUUCCAUCGACUAAAAUGUCUGACCUGAGGAUUGUUCUGGUGGGGAAGACUGGAUCAGGGAAGAGUGCAACAGGAAACACCAUCCUGGGGUGGGAGGCCUUUAAAGAAGACAUGUCUGCUAAAUCUGUGACCAGAUGGUGUGAGAAACAGAGUGGAGUUAUGGAUCAGAGGAGGAUUGAUGUCAUUGACACUCCAGGGCUCUUUGACACAAAACUGAAGGAAGAAGAAAUAGAGGAAGAGACUGAAGAAAAAAAGAAAUUCACUGAAGACAAAAUAAAGAAAGAGAUUGAAAGCAAAUUGAAUACAAGUAUAGAGAGGUGCAUUUGGAUGUCUGCUCCAGGACCCCACGUGUUCCUCCUGGUGGUCAGACUGGGAAUGAGGUUCACAGAGGAGGAGCAGAAUGCUGUGAAGUGGAUCCAGGAGAACUUUGGAGAAGAUGCCUCAAAGUACACCAUCGUGCUCUUCACUUAUGGAGAUUUACUAAAGAAGAAAACAAUCAAGAAGUAUUUGGAAGAAAGCACAGAGCUAGAAAAGAUCACCAACAACUGUAGAAACAGAUUUCACAUCUUCAACAAUAACAAGAAGGAUGACCAGACUCAGGUCACAGAGCUGCUGAGGAAGAUAGACGAGAUGGUGGAGGCUAAUGGAGGAGAACACUACACCAAUAAGCUGUAUGAGGAGGCUCAGAGAAAGAUUGAAUGGGAGAAAUGGAAGAAAUGGGGAAAAGAAAAGGCUGCUGUUGCUGGAAAUGUAGCAUUGGCAGUAGCUGCAGUAGCUGCAGUAGCAUCACCUGAAUCUGUAGCUGCAACUGGAUUGGCUGUUGGAUCAGCAAUAAUACAAAGCUUGAAUAGAUUUUGAUCAAGUCAAUGGGUCAAGGAGGAGAUAAAAAUCAAAAAGUCACAGAAUGUAUCAUUUAAUAAUUACAUAUUAUUACCUAUUGCUGGAUUAGGCCUUUAUAUCCUUAAUUCUAAACCGGUUCUUCAAAUUCUGAAUGCUGAUUGGCUGAUAGCUGUGGUAUAUGAGACUGUAUACCACGGCUAUGACAUCACAUAACUCAGGCCAUGGCUUGUAAUUUGUCCAUGGUACUGAUUGGUCAGGAUAAACAUAUUUGACUCAAGAAAAUAUAAAGUCAAUACGAUGGAUUUUGAAGCAUUUAUAACAAAAAGAAAACAGUAAAAGAUGAACUCCUCCCAUAAAGCCAAUUGACUUGCGAUUUUCUAAAUUGGUUCAUGAUAUAGGUGUAACAAUAUUUUGACAAUGCAAAGCAAGGUGUUCCAAAAGGGUGUAAAAAGUCCUGGACAAAAACCAGUGUUGAAACUACAAAUGCUUAUAACUUUGUAUUAUGGCGUGAUAUGUUGCCACACCAUGAUGAGUGACUAUGUCAAAUGUUAUGAUAUUUUCACAUAUAUUAAUCCUUACCUGAAUGUAUGUACCCAGGUUUUCACAAGUGGAGCCGUUUAAAUAUUUUUCAGUUAGUGUGGAGAAUAGUUAGCAGGUUUUGGUUUUUGAUUGACAUUUUGUGUCGUAGAUGUAAGAAACCGGAUCUUUGAAGCACCACACCUCUAAUUGCUUUGUUAAUCGCUUUAUAACAGCAGUGAGGCAUCAGGGUAUUUUUGGAAGAUUUUCAAUGUUUUAUUAUUAUUAGUAGUAGUAGUAGUAGUAUUACUUUAUAAGCCUUUUGUGUAUUUUAUUUACAUUGAAGUAACUCGGCAGAUGCUCUUACGGUAGUGAAUGUAUAC